CUCAGUUGUGUUAGAAGAUGGAUUAUAUAGUUAGCUGUGGAUUACUAUUAACAAACUGGAGCUUUUUCCUUCUUGGUUUGCUCAUUGGGUUUUCUGACCAAUCUGUCGCUGAAAUUAAGAAAUACACGCUGUGUAACGAGAAGGUUGAUAUGGAAGCGAAGGGCAUCCAACAAGGAGAGCUGGAGCUAGCCAUCAACACAAACACCGGAAGUGACUCCCGCGUGUCUUGCGACUUCACUGUGACUGCCGAAAACGGCCGCCACGUCAUGUUCUACUUCACAGACCUCUUCCUUGGCUCCCCAAACUUUACUGAACGCGUGGACCGCGCGUGCAUAGAGCCACGUGACAUCAAUGGAAAUUACGAAACAUUUUUGGCAGGCAUGCGCCCCUACAUUUGUUCCCGGACGCAAGUGGAUAUAGGCAGUAAAGUGUACGCUACCACCGGAAACGCAUUGUCGUUAAGAUUCUAUCGUAACCGAGGUUACGGCAUUCGCGUCUACGUGAAACUGGUCUUCACAGCAUUCAGGCUCGGAUCCUGUCGUACAACUGAGCGGAAGUGCAACAACGAGCGGUGCAUUGCGCAUGACAUCGUGUGCAAUGACCGAAACCCGUGCGGGGACAACUCAGACUGUCCCACGGGCCUUGAACACUUAUCCAGCUGGGCUAUGAGCGGCAUUGUAAUCCUGGCUCUUCUUUGUGGCGGCAUCGUCAUCAUCAUGGCAACCGUGUGUCUCCAGCGAGCUGGCAACAAGAACUAUGAUUUGGACGACGUCACAAUUCCUGCAAACGGAAUGGUACAUCACGAAUGCCCGCACGUUGAAAUGAACGAAGUCCCAAACAUCGAUAAAAAGCCCAACACCAACUUUGACAGGGGCUCAAAACGACAAUCUUUCAAUGAAAGUAAUAACAAACUGUCCGGGUCUACAGAGGAGGGUGAAGAUGAAGACCUUUUAAGAGCGGAAUCUGACUCACAGUGUAGAAGUGAUCGCGAAAAGCUCAUACAAACUCUAAACAACAGUACGUUAGCGGUUGACAAAGCCGGUAUGUUAAAGGAUGAUCAAUUUAAAUCGAAGAAGCCAACGCAUGUUGUUACAGUCAAAACGUACUCAAAUGGAUCGGGGACGUCAAGUUCAAUGAUAAAUAAUAGAGGUGGAGUGACAACAUUUACUGGAGCCGCGCAAAGUGAUACACGAGUCGACUUCAACAGCAAUUCAAAUGCGACAAGACCCCACUCAAGUGGCCUUUAUUUCUCCGAACAUUCUUUAGUGUUCUCGGAUAGUGAUAGUGGUAACGAGGAUGAGAACAGACUUCAAAGAGUGCACGAUUUUUCAAGACAGUCUUUGAAAACAAAAUACGUGCGUCCUUUUGAUGAUCACAUAUCUGAUGUUAAAGCAAUUGAAUUGAACACAAGUAGUGAAAUGCUAGUGAUGAUUCAACCACCUCCACCUCCGUAUGGUGUUUAGAAAAAUCAAAGUGCUUUUGACAAACACAAUCACAACAAUAUUAUGUCCAUUUCAACACACUUAUUGCUGCCCCGUUGCCGUUAUCGUUCAUGGUGGUUCUUUAAUUGUAAGAUUUCCAGACAGUUUCGUUUCUAU